AUGGCGGCUUCGGCGGCGCCUGGGUCGGCUGAGAGGCAGGCGCGCGGCGGCGCGGCGUCGGCGACCGGCAACGCGGUAUUUAAGAGUGGCCCUCUCUUCAUAUCAUCGAAAGGAAUCGGAUGGAAAUCAUGGAAAAAGCGUUGGUUCAUCCUCACACGAACGUCACUGGUUUUCUUCAAGAGUGAUCCUAGUACAUUACCGCAGAGAAGUGGUGAAGUGAACCUUACAUUGGGGGGAAUUGACCUUAGUAAUUCUGGGAGUGUAGUAGUCAGGGAAGACAAAAGGCUGCUGACUGUUCUUUUUCCAGAUGGCCGUGAUGGCCGUGCCUUCACCUUGAAGGCAGAAAGUUCUGAAGAUUUAUUCGAGUGGAAAACAGCACUGGAAGAAGCUCUUGCACAAGCUCCAAAUGCAGCUCUUGUGAUGGGGCAUAAUGGAAUCUUUCGCAAUGACACAACAGAUGUAUAUGAAGGGGCUAUUCCGAAUUGGAGAGAGAGGAGACCUAUCAAAUCACUAGUUGUUGGCAGGCCAAUACUGUUUGCACUGGAAGAUAUAGAUGGCAGUCCUUCUUUUCUGGAAAAAGCUUUGUGUUUCCUUGAGAAACAUGGAAUAAAGGUGGAAGGAAUUUUGCGUCAAGCUGCAGAUGUGGAGGAGGUUGACAGGAGAUUGCAAGAAUAUGAGCAAGGAAGGACAGAGUUUGCACCAGAAGAGGAUGCUCAUGUUGUUGGUGACUGCGUAAAGCAUGUUCUCCGGGAGCUUCCAUCUUCUCCUGUUCCAGCUUCCUGCUGUACAGCAUUAUUGGAAGCUUUCCGUCUGGAAGUCAAGGAAUCUCGGAUCAAAUCUAUGCGUGCAGCAAUAUCUGAAACAUUUCCCGAGCCUAAUAGGCGGCUGCUACAGAGAGUUUUGAAAAUGAUGCAUACCAUUGCUUCUCAUACUGCCGAGAAUAGAAUGACUCCAUCAGCAGUUGCUGCAUGUAUGGCCCCACUCUUGUUGCGGCCCCUUCUUGCUGGUGAAUGCGAGAUGGAAGAUGACUUUGACAUGAGUGGUGACAGUGCUGCUCAGCUUAUUGCCGCUGCAAAUGCUGCUAACAGUGCUCAAGGCAUUGUAACUACUCUAUUAGAGGAAUACGAGAGUAUAUUCAAUGAUGAGCACUUUAGGUGCUCCUUAUCACCUGAUUCUCAAACAGGAGAUAGUGGAAGUGAAGAAUCAACUGAUGAUGAAACUGUGGAUAUCAAGGAUAAUGGGUUUCAUGAUGCAGAAAAUGAUGUAGAUCAAGAAUUAGAUGAUGCCGAGCGAAUACUGAGUGGAAAAUUGAGUGAAACCAGUGCAAGUGCCCGUGCUGACCUCUAUGACUACAAGGAAGUUAAUGGCAAAAAUUCAGACGCUGAGCUCUCUGUUGAGGAUAACACAUUUGAAUCAAAUUUAGAUUUAAAUGAUGCUCCCCUAAGUCGUUUAACAGAAAAUGGAAAGGAUCCAUCAAAUCUGGUGUCCACUCAUGAAACUUCAUUAUCAGUGGGAGAGAUUCUUCUGUCUUUGGAUGCUGGAAUUCCAUUACCUGGUCGUGCAGCUGAAUAUUCCAAUGACAGACACUCUAGCAAACUCAAUGGAACUCAGCAGCAUGUGAAGCGUACUAACUUAUGGGGACGGAGCAAUGCGAGAAAGGGCCAACGGUCGGAGUUAGUUGAUCCAUCAGGUGAAGAAGAGCUUGCUAUCCAACGACUUGAGGUAAUGAAGAAUGACUUGCAGAUCAGGAUUGCAAAGGAGGCUAGAGGUAAUGCAAUCCUACAGGCAAGUUUGGAAAGAAGAAAACAAGCACUACAUGAGCGGCGUGUGGCUCUGGAACAGGAUGUGUCAAGGUUGCAAGAACAGCUACAGGCUGAAAGGGAUCUUAGAGCUGCACUGGAGGUUGGACUAAGCAUGUCUUCUUCACAAUUUUCUAGUUCGCGCUCCAUGGACUCAAAGACAAAGGCAGAGCUUGAGGAAAUUGCUCUCGCAGAAGCUGAUGUUGCAAGAUUAAAACAGAAGGUUGCAGAGCUGCAUCUCCAACUCAAUCAACAGCGCCAGCACCAGUAUAGCUCUUCAGCAGAUGCAAAUGAUCGUCCUCAACACCUUCCAAAUCAUCUCUCUGCACUGUUGUUAGAAUAUGUGCCUUCAAGUCCAAAUAUUUCGGAGCUACAUAUUUUAGUAACAAAUGCAGAAUGUUUGAACAUUGUCCAAACUGGAUUUGAUAGGAGCAUUGCUUUCUGUAACCAAGAGAAGAAGCAAAGAAAUGAGGAGAGCUUGCCGAGCACAUCCCACUGGAGAAGCAUCAAGCAGCAUGUGCUAUCUCAUGGUUCUUCAAGGCCUUUCUCCCUAAAGCAUUCCUUGGACACCUCCUUGAGUGAUUCAAGGGAGGCAUCAACAAGUGUGCCUGCAGAGGGAGGGCCAAUGUUGGUGAACAUCCCCAGAACAACAGAACAGGGUGUCGAAUAUGGAAGACCGCCGUCUGUGCCGUCAUCCACUCUGGUUGAACUAACAACCAGGCUAGAUUUCUUCAAAGAACGACGGUCACAAUUGAUGGAACAGCUCCACAGCCUCGAUUUAGGGCAUGGAUCCACGUCCCAUGGUUUCCCAUUCAAACCUUCGUCACCCUGGAACAGCCCAAGGUAG